AGCCGCUGGGAGGAGAGGAGCGUGGCUCUCACCCCUCCCCGCCAUGGCGUGUGCUCGUCCUCUCCUAUCAGUGUACUCCGAGAAGGGGGAGUCGUCCGGCAAAAAUGUGACUUUGCCCGCCAUGUUCAAGGCUCCCAUCCAGCCAGACAUCGUGAACUUCGUGCACACCAACGUGCGCAAGAACAAUAGGCAGCCCUAUGCCGUCAGUGAGCUGGCAGGUCACCAGACCAGCGCUGAGUCGUGGGGUACUGGCAGAGCUGUGGCGGGAAUUCCCAGAGUGCGAGGUGGUGGGACGCACCGAUCCGGCCAGGGUGCCUUUAGGAAUAUGUGCCGAGGAGGCCGCAUGUUCGCACCAACCAAAACCUGGUGCCAUUGGCACCGGCGAGUGAACACGACCCAGAAGUGGUACGCCAUCUGCUCUGCCCUAGCUGCGUUGGCCUUGCCAGCACUGGUCAUGUCUAAAGGUCAUGGUAUUGAGGAAGUGCCGGAACUUCCUCUGGUGGUCGAAGAUAAGGUUGAAGGCUACAAGAAGACCAAGGAGGCAGUUCUGCUGCUUAAGAAACUCAAGGCCUGGAAUGACAUCAAGAAGGUGUACGCCUCUCAGCGGAUGAGGGCUGGCAAGGGCAAAAUGAGAAACCGCCGGAGGACCCAGCGCAGGGGGCCCUGCGUCAUCUACAAUGAGGACAACGGCAUCGUCAAGGCCUUCCGGAACAUCCCUGGGAUCACUCUGCUCAACGUGACCAAGCUGAACAUCCUGAAGCUCGCGCCCGGUGGGCACGUGGGGCGCUUCUGCAUCUGGACGGAGAGUGCCUUCCGGAAGCUGGACGACUUGCACGGCACUUGGCGUAAAGCCGCGUCCCUCAAGAGCGACUACAACCUUCCCAUGCACAAGAUGCCCAAUACAGACCUCAGCAGAAUA